AUGGCCAUUGGCUUGCAUGAACUCCAAGCAAAAAGAAAUGAAAAAUUUUACGAUGGAAUUCAUCGAGACUGGGCAACUAAAUUUUCACGCUUUUAUUCCUACAUGCAGUCCAAACCAACUGGAUUACCAUCUUAUAUGUCCCGUAAAGAAAUUUCUUUGUGGCUUGGCAUCGGCUGGGCUUUAAAACCAGGACCAGGAAACACUCGUUUUACAGAAAACAUACAGUCGUAUCUGACAGCAAAGUACAACAUGGGGGAAAGGAUUGGUAGAAAAGCAGACCCUGAGCGAGUUGCGUCGGAAAUGCGCUCCGCAAAAAAUGAAAAAAGUGAAAGACGUUUCAAAAGAGAAGAGUGGUUAUCAAAGACGCAAAUUGCAGGGUUUUUUUUCACGACUUUCUGCCACGCGAAAAAGAUCCUCAAAUCAGAAUUCUUCCAAUGA